CCGGCCUGAACCAAACCAAAUCUAGCCGCAGCUAGUUUCUCUUUUCAAGACAACCAUUGAUCCGGUUGCGGCCUCGCCAACAAUCGGGUCGAGCUACGUCUUGCGUUAUCCCACCUGAAGGAGCUGUUGAGCGGCCCCGUCCCGCUCACUCCGGAUUUACUCCGCAAGUUAUCUCACCACCUCGGGCCCUCCCCUCCCUUCAGCCGCGGUGGGGUGGGGGCAUGGUGUCGGCUCUUUCUACACCACGAUUAGAUUUUUCUUGAUGCGGCGGUCCGGCUUGCUUUUUAUAUGACAGCCAAUGUUGAACAGUUGGAUUUGAGUGCAGUUUAUACUCUCUUCGGAUCAGGCUUGUCCUGGUUCGUCAGCAGCCCAAGAGCGCUCUUACAUAAAGCUAGCACAGACCCAACGGGCCGAAACUCCUUCCAGUCGGUGAUUCUGUGAAAUUCUCAAUAAAUAAUUUAGAAUAUAAGUACAGCAAAGCAAUUUCUGCUGCAAUCAAAAUUAGAAUGGAAUUUAAAUUGGCCUGAAAGUGAAAGUCCUAGGACAGAUCAAAUAUGUCAAGACCUGCAAGUGUGUCCCCACGACCUGGCAGUGCCCAGUCAAACCAAGCUGCCUCCAAAGCAAAAGGACUUAAAGAUAUCCGGAUUGAUGAAGAAGUGAAGAUUGCAAUAAAUAUUGCACUAGAAAGAUUCUGUUACAGCGAUCAAAAAGAAAUGGAAUUUCCAUCCUCCCUGACUAGUACAGAAAGAGCAUUUAUUCAUCGUCUUGCCCAGUCCCUAGGCCUGAUCUCUAAAAGUAAAGGGAAAGGCAUACAUAGGUUUCUUACAGUAAAGAAAAAAGAUGGUUUGGAGAUGGCGCAGGCCAUCAUGACCUGCACGCUGACUCACAUCAUGAAACAUGCUAUUUGCAGUCUAAUACAGAGGUUUCCUGUGACAAAUAAAGAACGCACAGAUCUUUUACCCAGAACUGAACGUGGGAAUGUGUUGACUGUUGAAGCAGAAAACAACCGAGAAAUGAAUAAAACCAGUGGUAGACUCAACAAUGGCAUUCCUCAAGUUCCACCAAAACGUGGAGAUUCUGAAUUAGAUGCCUUCAGACAGUCUUUGCCUGUUUUUGAAAAGCAAGAUGAAAUAGUGAAAAUUAUAAAAGAGAACAGAGUGCUUUUAAUAGUUGGAGAAACUGGAUCUGGAAAGACUACUCAGAUUCCACAGUUCCUUCUGGACGAUUGCUGCAAGAAUGGAAUCCCUUGCCGAAUAUUCUGUACUCAGCCGAGGCGACUUGCGGCUAUUGCUGUCGCAGAAAGAGUUGCUGCCGAGAGGGGUGAGAAGAUUGGGCAGACAAUUGGCUACCAAAUUAGACUGGAAAGCAGAGUAUCUCCAAAGACACUAUUGACAUUUUGUACUAAUGGAGUUCUUCUUCGAACACUAAUGGCUGGAGAUAGCACCUUGGCUGCUGUCACUCACGUAAUAGUAGAUGAAGUGCAUGAGCGAGAUCGGUUUAGUGAUUUCUUAUUAACUAAACUGAAGGAUUUGAUGCAAAAACAUCCAUCUUUAAGACUUAUUCUUUCUAGUGCAGCUCUGGAUAUUAAUCUCUUUGUCAGAUAUUUUAAUGGCUGUCCUGUAAUAUACAUUCAAGGAAGACCAUUUGAAGUAAAAGAGCUGUUUUUAGAGGACAUCUUGCGUACCACUGGCUACACAAAUAAAGAAAUGUUAAAAUAUAAAAAAGAAAAACAGCGAGAAGACAAGCAGCAAACAAACUUGAGCGAAUGGUAUAAAGCUAAGGAGACCAGCUGUACCAGCAGAUCAGAGUAUCAAAGACAAAGAUUUAUCCCAAAUCUGACAGCAGAAAAUGAUUUACUUGAUGAUGGUGGAGACAGUGUAUUUAGUCAGUUGAGCGAAAAGGAUUUUAAUUCCCUUGAGCCUUGGCUUAUAAAGGAAAUGGAUGCCUGUCUCUCAGAUAUUUGGCUGCACAAAGAUGUUGAUGCUUUUGCUCAACUAUUCCAUCUUAUUUUAAGUGAGAACAUCAGUGUUGACUACAGGCAUAGUGAAACCAGUGCUACUCCAUUAAUGAUAGCUGCAGGCCGGGGCUUUCUAAGUCAAGUAGAACAGCUACUCAGCAUGGGAGCAAAUGUAAAUGUUAAGGCUUCAAAUGGCUGGUUGGCUUUGGACUGGGCUAAACGAUUUGGUCAAACUGAGAUCAUAGAUCUUCUGGAAUCUUUCAAUUCUUUGGUAGAAUUGGGGAAUUUGGAUGAGAGUAUUCUGGUGCAAUCAGACUGUGGAGAGAUAAGUCGAGAAGAUAAAGAAAUUCUAGAUGUCUACCACCAUAGCUUUGAUGACGAAAAGGUUGACCUGAAUCUAAUAAUGCACCUUCUUUACAACAUCUUUCAGAGUUCUGAUGAUGGUGCAGUUUUGAUCUUUUUACCAGGAUACGACGAAAUUGUAGGUCUCAGAGAUCGCAUUCUUUAUGAUGAUAAAAGAUUUGCAGAUAAUUCUCACAAAUUUCAGAUUUUCAUGCUUCAUUCCAACAUGCAGACAUCUGACCAAAAGAAAGUGUUAAAGAGUCUCCCUAAUGGAGUUCGUAAAAUAAUUCUUUCCACAAAUAUUGCUGAGACAAGCAUAACUGUCAAUGAUGUGGUAUUUGUCAUUGAUUCUGGGAAAGUAAAAGAGAAAUCAUUUGAUGCACUAAACUCUGUCACAAUGUUAAAAAUGGUGUGGAUUUCCAAGGCGAGUGCUAUCCAGAGGAAGGGAAGGGCAGGUCGCUGCCGACCAGGAAUUUGUUUUCACCUAUUCAGUAGACUACGGUUUCAAAAUCUUCUGGAGUUUCAGAUUCCUGAGUUGCUACGAAUGCCACUGCAGGAACUUUGCUUACAUACCAAACUGCUAGCUCCAAUUAAUUGUCCUAUUGCCGACUUCCUUGCUAAAGCACCAGAACCCCCUCCAUCACUUAUAAUUAAAAAUGCAGUUGAGAUGCUCAAGACUAUAGAUGCCAUGGACAGCUGGGAAGAUUUAACAGAGCUUGGUUACCACUUAGCAGAUCUUCCCGUGGAACCUCAUCUGGGAAAGAUGGUUCUUUGUGCUGUAGUGCUAAAGUGUCUUGAUCCUAUUCUCACUAUUGGCUGUACUUUGGCCUAUCGCGAUCCAUUUGUCCUACCAAUGCAACCUUCACAGAAGCGUGCUUCUAUGUUAUGCAGAAAGCAUUUUGCUGCAGGAACAUUCAGUGAUCAUAUGGCUCUUUUAAGAGCUUUCCAGGCUUGGCAAAAGGCUCGCAGCGAUGGCUGGGAGAGAGCAUUCUGUGAAAAGAAUUUCCUUUCUCAGGCUACGAUGGAAAUCAUCAUUGGCAUGAGGACACAAUUAUUGGGACAGCUCAGAGCUUCAGGUUUUGUAAGGGCACGAGGAGGAGGUGACAUUCGAGAUGUAAACACAAACUCUGAGAAUUGGGCUGUGGUGAAAGCUGCAUUAGUUGCAGGAAUGUACCCAAAUCUCAUCCAUGUUGACCGAGAAAAUUUAACGUUGGCUGGGUCUAAAGAGAAAAAAGUAAGAUUUCACCCUACCUCAGUUCUUAGUCAACCACAAUAUAAGAAGAUUCCACCAGCAAAUGGACAAACUAUAGCUGUUCAAGCACUGCCCACUGAUUGGCUUGUUUAUGAUGAAAUGACGAGAGCACACAGAAUUGCUAAUGUACGAUGCUGUUCUGCUGUAACACCAAUCUCCGUGGUCUUAUUUGGUGGUCCAGCUCGACUGUCAAGCAGCGCAUUACAAGAGCCUUCUUCCACUGGAGUAGAUGGUGUCACCAAUGACAGUAGUGACAGUGAAAUGGAGGACAAAUCCACUUCCAAGAUGGCAACUUUGAAACUGGAAGAAUGGCUGAAUUUUAGAAUAGAUCCAGAAGCAGCCAGUCUUGUCUUGCAGUUACGACAGAAAUGGCACAGUCUGUUCCUGAGGAGAAUGCGAGCUCCAUCAAAACCUUGGACUCAGGUAGAUGAAGCGACUAUCAGGGCAAUCAUCGGAGUACUUAGCAGUGAGGAGCAAGCAGCGGGGCUGCAUCAACCCUCAGGGAUUGGACAAAGACCAAGGCCAAUGUCUUCAGAAGAGCUUCCAGUCUCCUCAUCAUGGAGAUCAAACAGUAGGAAAAGCUCAGCAGAAGCAGAGUUUUCAGACGAUUCUUCUAGUGUGGAAUUUAGAGAAAGAAUUCAGUUGAAGUCGCAGCAGCAGCAACAACGAUAUAAGGAAAGGGGCUUACUUCACCCAAAGAGGAGUCCUGAUGACCGUUCAGAUCAGUCAUCUGUUAAAUCAACAGACAGCAGUAACUAUCCCAGCCCAUGUGCCAGUCCAUCUCCACCACCUUCAGGCAAGGGGUCAAAGUCUCCAUCACCAAGACCAAAUGUACCAGUUCGUUUCUUCAUUUUGAAAAGCAGCAACCUUCGUAAUCUUGAAAUUUCUCAACAGAAGGGAAUUUGGUCAACUACACCCAGCAAUGAACGGAAAUUAAACCGUGCAUUUUGGGAAAGCAGUAUUGUGUAUCUGGUAUUUUCUGUACAAGGAUCAGGACACUUUCAGGGAUUUGCCAGAAUGAUCUCUGAGAUAGGAAGAGAAAGAAGCCAGGAGUGGGGUUCGGCUGGGCUGGGAGGGGUCUUCCGAGUUGAAUGGAUAAGAAAGGAAAGCCUUCCUUUCCAAAUUGCCCACCAUCUCCUCAACCCAUGGAAUGAUAAUAAGAAAGUACAGAUUAGCAGAGAUGGACAGGAGCUAGAGCCACAGGUUGGAGAACAGUUGCUGCAGCUUUGGGAGCGCAUUCCAAUAGGGGUGAAGCUACCACAGACAGAAAGCAGACUUGGCAUCUUUGGGGAGUCCUAGAUAUUCUCCCAUUCUCUGCAGUUCAUGUUGCAGCAACUCUGGAAACUGUAUUUUUGGACAAGUUACUGAAGAUGUAUGGAAACACAAAUUUGAUUUGUCCCAGUAGAACUUGGAGAAUGUCGUGAAGUUCAGUAGAAUAAAAGUUAUGCUUUAAAAACUGACAAAUGAAUGGUGAGGAAGAAAGAGAGGGGAAGAAAGUGUUGUGUUUAAUAUUUGUCUGAUGUAUGUAUAAAAAGGCACUUGCAUCUUGUUCCAUUGUGUUCUGUGGUUUUCUAAACUGUGAAGAAAUAAUUUCCAUAGCAUUAUAUUUAAAAGUGUGUGAAAGAAACUAUGUACUUUUUUUCCUAAGACUGUUUGAGCAAAAAUAAUACAUUUCCUGUACCUAAGUGUAGUUGGCCCAAAUUGAUCUUAACAUUUCCUUUUAAAAGUAACUUAAAGGCUGAGAAUUUUCCUUAUUUUAGUUUAGUUUCUGGCUUCAUGUUUAAGUGGCAGUUCAAUAUAUUUGGAAAUUAUACCUGUCAAAUCAUACCUAAUCUAUACAAAUUAAAGCUUUUGCCAAUUUCAAAUUGUUAUGUUGCAUUUUGGCAUACGUAUUGCAAUGUGAUCACCAUCUUCUCAGUUACAAAUUAAUUUUAUUGCAACUGAAUAUUUAAUGUAUAACUGUUAUCAGAGAGAUUAUAUUUAAUAAAAAUAAUAUUGCUUAAUCUGAUAAAACAUGAUGCAGAGAUUGUAACUCUUAGGGAAGGAUUCUUCCUGUUAAUAAAAUAUUGAAAGAUAUAUUAUCAACAAUACAAUUUCAAAAUAUUAUGGCCAAGAUUUAAAGCAUUGAUUUUACUGUUUCACUAUGAGCCAGAGCUCCGUAAAAAUGAAUGGGAAGUUUUAUUAUUACGCACAUGCAUAUGUAGAUUGUUAGUUAAGAUGAUGGCCAAAGAUUGUUAGUUAAGAUGGUGGAAAACUGUUAAAUUGAGCUUCAUGCAUUGAAAUUACAAAUUGUGUGCAGAAAGUAGCUUGCUCUUCACUGUGUUGUUGUCGCAAAAGAUUAGCUAAAAUUAAAAUAACUCUAAAAAUUGUAGUGUUGAUCUAUUGUGUUGUCUGGUGUUUAUUGGUGACCAUUAUGUAAUUUAGUUUGAGUUGUUAGUCUCAUUAUAAACCAUGUUCACAAGUGCAUUUGGUAGACUGUGAACGAUUUAGCAUUUUCAAGCAGGAAAUUUAACUACAAACUAGUAAUUAUUUAUUAAAUUGCAUACAAUGCAGUCUGUUCUUUGAUGGGAAAUAAAUGAGAUCAUUUUUCAUAAAACAUUAAUGGGAGCAUCCUGUCAGAAGUGGAUGCAGGUCAAAUGUUUUAAAAUGUUCCACUUAAUGUACUAAUUUUAUGAUCUUGUGUCAUUCCAGUAUAAACACUAAAAGUGCCGAUAUUAAAACAAAAUUUAACUUUUCAGAACUCAAGUUGACAUGACCUUAACUCUUGAAUAGCUGACCCUUCUGAGAAAGAAAGAAACUUUUUGAUUGUUACACUGUAUAGAUAAUCAUGAUUUAGGAUGUAAGUGCUACAUUUGGCUCUUUACGCUAGAAAUUUAAUUGAAGCAAUAUAGAAAGCAACAUGUUCAUGAACUGAUCUAUUGAAAUAUUUCACCAUUGCUUGUAGAAUGUAACUUGGCAUCAAGAAACUUAAGAGCAAAUUCUUAAUUAGUUGUAUGGAAAAGAAUUCUUCCACAUGGGGAAGAAAUGAAAAUCUUAACAUGGAUCUAUUCUCACUGCUUUCAAACACCUCAACAGGCCAGGUCUCCAGCUCAGCCAGAAACCCAAGAAGCAUUGAAGGGGGCCAUUAUAUAGAAUUUAAACCUAAGAAAUGAAUGUCUUAAAUGCAGAAGGAAGCAGUUACACUUACUCAAAAAGGUAAGUGCCAUCUCUGUGUGUGGUUCAGAUAAAUGUGGCUGAUGCUGAGAUCACGCAGUUUUAAUCUAAUGGACUAAAACAAAGAUGUAACAAAGUUAUGGAUGGUAUGGGAAAUAGAAAUGUUUUUUUUGUGGCAUGAAGCACACUUUGUAAGGCGUUAUUCUUGAUAUAACAAUUGUCUUGAAUGAAAAUAUACAUUGUCUAGAAAAAUUUCUCUUCAUUAAUCUGACAGCUGUCAGCCUAGUUUGUGUGACAGUCACAUAUUUUACAAUCAUAAAAUGAUUUAUAAAAACAAUACUUAAAGUUUUCAUUAGUCAUUGAAUGUGCUGACUGAAACAUUUUGGACAAUUUCUGCUCAAAAACUUAGUUGUGUAGUGGGCAUUAUUGCUUCAGUUGAUUGUCAUCUUAUGAAGGGAGUUGUGAAAAGUGGAAAUCUAUUUCCCAUAAAACAUUAUGGCUUUUGCUGCAAUGUGUAGUUAUGUUUUUGUUUCUGAAGUUUUACCAUUAUU